AUGUCACAAUCAACCUCUUCUAUCCAAGUUAUCUCCCGACCGCCAACAAUCGACACAAUCCAGCUUAGAGACGUUCAACUUCGUCUGCCGCGUGCACCAGAAGCAUGGCACCGGGUUGGAACAACUCAGCCAUGCACCGCGUCGCUUAAGUUCUCUUACUCGUCCCCAAUCGCCGCAGCCGAAGCGGACGAUGUUUCCCGGACAAUCGAUUACGGGAAGCUCUUUCGACACGUCACCCAAUCUAUUCGAGAGAUGAAUGAGAUCUCUAAACAAUAUGAGUACAAGCUCGAAAACUAUAUCAUCGGUCAAGACGAAACACCACUGCAAGACACGCUACAUGGCGAAACUCAGGAUGUUCGCUUGUUCGCGGCACUUAUUGCGGAGACUUGCUUGAAGAUAUUGGAUGAGUCUGCGAAAACAUGCCCUCACCCUACCCCCAUCCGUACCGACUACGCUGAAGUCGAGCUCAGGGUGCAUCUUCCGAAAGCCAUUCUUCGAGCAGCCGGGGGACUUUGGCAUAGGAGCUUUUUUGUUCUGAGAACCAUUCAAGAGCAAGGCCGUGCCGCUCGACGUCUGAUGCUCCUCGAAGAAGAGUUCGAAAUCCGAGAGAUCCGAACAUUCUGCAUCCUGGGAGCCAACCGCUGGGAACGGCUCGAGAAACAGGCUGUGAAUAUCUCGCUCAAGUUUCAGGGGCCCGGAGGCCAUAAAUGGGGAUCAACCGUCGUCGACACAUACCAGGCAAUGAGCCGUGAUGUCGCUGAGCGGGUCGAGAGGAGCUCAUUUCAGAGUGUUGAGGCGCUGGCUUCUUUUGUUGCACGCACAGUCACUGUCGACUUUGAAAAUGACAAAGUCACCGUCUUGGUUGAAAAGCCUCAUGCUUUGGCAUUCGCGGGUGGAUCCGGUUUGGAGAUUACGCGCUUACGGACCUUUUACAUGUAG